UGGUGGAAAUGGACAGGAACAAUUGGAGAAAACAAAUAAAGUCCUUCGUGACAAAAGUCUACUCCAAGUCCCAGCCCAACAUGAUUUUCUCCGUCAUAGGGGACUCCGACAAUCUGAUUCCAAAGCCGUGGCCCAAGUCACGAUUCCAGCAAUCAUUGACCUAUGCUGCAAAAGCCGCAGGGAAUUGCCUGAUACUCAGCAAGGGGGAGCCACUAAAGGUCUCUAAAAUAGUCCGGGAGAUGAUGGAGGAAUACAUCUACCUAGAGAAGCCGGCCCGUCCGAACCUCCGACUGAUCUCCGUCCCAUCUAAGCCUGUGGAGGACACGGGUCUCUACUUCGAUCUACCAGAGGUGCUAGAAUUUGAUGAAAACCAGAGCAAUAGAGAUGAAGGCCAGGGCCAGGGCAAAGACGAGGAAGCCGAGUUUUAUGCAGACGACAGUUUCUUUUGCAAGCUCCCCGCUCGUACCGCGGAUGAAGACUAUAUUGAUUUUAGGGCUGAGCUCGAGAGGACUUUAGAGAGACCGACGUUCGAAGAAAGGAAUGCCUUAGUUUUAAUUCUGGUGGAAGGCGAUUUGUCGGCUGUGGACCAUGUCAAGCUAGCCACUGAGAAUGGAAUCCCUGUCGUGUUUAUGAAAGGAACAGGCGGGCUGGCGGAUCUCAUAACCAUUGCCAUGGAGGACAGUAAUAUGGAAAUAAGAACGCUGCUUCCUGUUCUGUUUGGUAUUGAGCUGGAUGACACCGAUCAUGAGAUUGAAACAUUGGAAGAAAGUCUGAAAACUAUUUUGGAAAGAUCUUACUUAAUUGAUCAUUUUGACCUUGUCGAAAAAAAUGAAGAACAAUUCGCAGCACUUGUUGGUGAACUGGUGCAGAAAUCCAGAUUAUUAGAAAACACGGGCCCCUCCAAGAAUCAUACCUUAGAACCCAAUUGGGAUACAAAGAACAAAGCACGGAAUCGUAAGAGCUCCUAUGCAAUGGCAGACAAGUGGACGUGGGAGAAGAAACCGUGGAGGAUGGCGGAGACACUUGAAACCCUAGACUUCAAGACCUUCUCCUCACCAUUCUCACUUCCGCUUGACCUCUUCUUUCGAUUCUCCAAGUUUCUAGAACUUAAGAGGAACAAAACAUCCUCGGAGCAAGUGGAAAAAGGGGCACAGGAGUUGUUGAAAAUUGCCCUUCUGACCAAUAGAACAGAUUACUUGGAAGCUCUUCUGGAUUUAAACGUUCCAUUGUCAUUAGACGUCAUCGGUGAGCUUUACAAGUGUGCAUUACCAGUGGAUGGUACAGAGAAAAAUGACUCAUCGGGAAUGCGCUGGGUUUUGAUGGAAAUGGGAGGGAAGCAUAAGCUGGCAAAGCAUCUUUUUGAAGGUGAGAAGGACUGCCAUGAAGUAGCUCAGAAGAUGUGUAAACGCCUACUUAAUUACAAAAAAACAGAAAUUGAUGUCCACUCAUCUUCAAUCUAUAAGUCUAAGAGAAUGAGGGAAUACGUAAACCGACAAGACUUCCUUCAGGCUGUUCUGCUGUGGUCACUGUUGACCCAUAGAACGGACAUCGCUACCCUGGUCUGGCGAAGGGUCAAAAGUCAGCUUUAUACCGGACUUGUAAGUGCAUUAAUCUUAAAAAAGAUGUCCUCCAUAGCCAAAUUGAAAGACGAGAAGUUAGCAAUGAAGCUGAAGGAACAAGCAAAAGAUUUAAGAGGCCGGAUUUUAAGCAUGAUGGACAACCUUUAUCAGACAGAUGAGACUCUAGCGUUUGAAAUUUUGGACGAAGUAGACGUUGUAUGGACUAUUGAAGCCAAACCUCUAUCGUUUGUUUAUGAAUCGAAGAUGUACGAUAUUAUUGCCCACCCUUGCUCUGUUGGUCUUAUGAACAAGAUAUGGUUUAAUGGUCUUAUUCCAAGUGGAACAAGAUUUUGCACAGAUUUCUUGAAACAAUAUCGGGAGGCCGUGCGUGCACCUUUCUUCCAUUUUGUUCUACAUUACAUUUUCUUUGGUUUCAUCCUUCUCAUGUACGGUUACGCUGUGUUGACUCCAUUGAAGACAUACGACAAGACGCCAUUACUUUUACUGGUGUGUGAGUUCGCCCUCUACGGCUGGACGUGCCUAGACUUCCUCAAUGAUAUAGCCUCCGUUGUGGGCGUGAUGCCAACAAGGGCAAACUGUUCCUGUACAUCCGUGGACACAAAGAGAAAAGCAGGAUAUAAAUUUCUCUCUAGAUUAAAUGAUAUGUGGAAGGUCCUGGGACUCGUGUGUGUCCUUCUUACUGUCGCUACCGUUUUCUCCCGACUGAAACCAACGGAGACUUUUAAAAUGGCUACUCGCUUUUGUGCCCUUCUACUGCUUUUCUCGUUUCUUCGGUACAUGCGUAUUUUUGUAAUUUAUCAACUGACAGGAAUAACAUUCAUCUUCCUAAAACACAUGCUCCUACAUCUGGUGCAGUUCCUAUUUACGAUAGCCUUCUUUGUGCUGGGAGUAGGGGUUUUCAUUGAGGCCAUCGUCCAUCAGGAGAAUCAGCUUGAACUGUUCCCGGGAGUGUGGUACGAGUGGCGGAUCUGGAGGAUCAUAUACUACCCCUACUACCAGUACUACGGAGAAGUAUUUGAUGGUGACUUUGGCAUAAAGAAAAGCAACGAUGAAGUGGACUGGAGUGUGAAAGCUGUAGUGGCAAUACAUAUAAUGGUGGGCAAUCUCCUUAUCGUCAACUUGAUAAUCGCCCUAUUUACAACAAAGUAUGAAAAAGUUCAUGAGAAAUCGGCCCUAAUAUGGCAAUAUGAGCGGUAUCACGUGAUUCAGGACUUCAGACACCGGUUGUUUGCAAACCUUCACUUCCUCAUUUGCUGUUGCCUAGCCAUGCGAGCAAAGUCUGGUAAACAUAAUGAUAAGGUUCGAAAGGAAUUGAAGCGUAUUCGUGAACGUCAGAUUAUACAGUACAUUAUGGCGGGGAGAUCCCUGGGCAAGUGACGGGAACAGUGAUGUUAAGACCCCUAUCAUGACCCAGGGGAUGUUCUCAGAGGGCGAUAGAAGUAUUCAUAUAAUACAUUACAUAAUCCAUGCAUAAUUCAAAAAGUAUGGGAUGUUCUUUUAAUGAGUUUGAAUUUAGAGAUAAGUUAAAAUCAAAGUCAGAAAGAGUUGUUAUAAUAUAAAAAAGACUGACGUUAUUUACAAAACAAUGGAGUCAUUGAUUGGUAUAUGUUUUUAGACUAAAUUCCCGAUGUAUAUACUGUUAGUGCAUACGAAGUUUGUUUAUUAGACCUGUUAAAAAUACAAACCUUAGUAUUCAAAUGUCUCCUUAUUUGCCAUAAUACUUGUUAUUUAUGUUAUAUCCUCUUGAUAUUUUCCUUAGUACUAGGUGUCACAUUUCAUUAUAU